UCUUAUUUUUCUGUGAAAAUUUGCACUUUAGCCUCUUGUAUGCCCAAGCAUGACCCCUUCAAUAGUUGAAGAGCCUAAGGCCAGGAAGCCAACGAGAAAGAAACCAAAUGCAGCCUCAGAUUUUAACCAUUCUCAAUUUCAUUGUUCCAUUCAGAGCCCCAACUUUCCUGAUCUGCAGCGUUCUAAAUCACCUAGCAGAAAUGGUACGACUGAAUCUAGAGAACCUUUGAUCAGCCAAAAGCCCAAGAAAAUGUUUUUGUUGGCAAGGCUUGGAGGACUGGGUUGUAAAGGGACUUCAACUCGGGUAUCAGAAUCGACAAUCAUCCGGUCUGCAGCUGAUUGGGAGACUGAGAAAAGGAGGAGGAAGAACCUGGGGAAUAGACCGCCUAGUAAAGCCAGGAUUCCUGAUAAUGUUGCUGUUGAUGUUCCUGAUAUAUGCUGUACUCCUCCAGGGAUCAGUUUUGCUUCUGAUGUUGUUCCUAGACCAAGCAUGACCACUCAGAGGACAACGCAUGUACAGCAUUCCCGUGUAGCUAGGAGAACUAGAAACAUCCAGCAUUUCUCUGCUUCAUCUUCACAAGGACCCUCAAAUUCUAUAUUCUCCAGAGACCAUUCAUUCAAUGCUAGACAAUAUCAUCAAUUGGGUCAAUAUUCUCAUAGAGGAUUCAUAGAGGUAUUUGCACUCUUUGAAAGAAGUUUAGAUCAAUACAUGGACUGGAGACUCAAUCUUGAUAGGAUGUCAUAUGAGGAACUGCUUGAAUUGAGCGAUGAAAUUGGAUAUGUAGGCAGAGGUUUGAGUGAAGAAGACAUAUUCAGCUGCUUAACUAUACUUGAGCCAUCUGAUUUCGAGUCUGCACCAUUGCUGAUGUCGUUGGACGAAGGCUGGAGGUGUACCAUUUGUCAAGAGGAAUGCAAGGCUAAGGAUGAUGUUGGGCGACUUGGCUGUGGACACUGCCACCACAUUGAUUGCAUAAAGCAGUGGCUUAAGCAGAAGAACCAAUGCCCUGUGUGCAAAAUCGCACCCAUUGCUGACAAAUGAAGCGAUCAGUAUUGUUUUCCAGCCUCACUUAUCAAACUUCGGUUCUCAUAUACACUGAAAUCAAUUUCUCCAAUUUUAGGCAGAAAUGUAUCCGACAUGCCAUGUCAAAUAUGCAUAGGCAAGCACAAGUCCUUUUAAUGUCCGUGCUUGGAAUUUUAUUUUCCCAAGUAUUUCCUACUUACG